UUUGUGUCUUCAGACUGAUAAACAUCUUCGGUAUUAGACUGGAGAGGCACUUGGUGACUGCCUCAUUGUGCUGCUGACCUGUGCUGAAGACGUCCCAUGUCCCAUCGCAAGUUUUCAGCUCCGAGGCAUGGCCACUUGGGCUUCCUCCCUCAUAAGAGAAGCCGGCGUCACCGCGGGAAGGUGAAGACCUGGCCCAAGGAUGAUCCCAGCAAGCCAGUCCACCUGACAGCCUUUCUGGGCUACAAAGCUGGCAUGACGCACAUCCUACGAGAAGUUCACAGGCCAGGAAUGAAGCUUUCCAAGAGGGAAGAGGUGGAAGCAGUCACAAUAGUGGAGACCCCGCCUCUGGUAGUGGUUGGGCUUGUGGGAUACAUAGACACUCCCAGGGGCCUGAGAAAUUUCAGGACCAUUUUUGCUGAGCACCUCAGCGAUGAGUGCAGACGCCGCUUCUACAAGAACUGGCACAAGAGCAAGAAGAAGGCCUUCACCAAGUACUGCAAAAAGUGGCAGGACAAGGAUGGGAAGAAACAGCUAGAGAAGGAUUUUGCGGCCAUGAAGAAGUACUGCAAGGUCAUUCGAGUCAUCGUCCACACUCAGAUGAAGCUGCUCCCUCUACGUCAAAAGAAGGCCCAUGUGAUGGAGAUUCAGCUGAACGGCGGGACGGUGGCCGACAAGGUGGACUGGGCUCACGAGAAGCUGGAGAAGCAGGUCUCUGUGCACGCGGUCUUCAGCCAGAAUGAAAUGAUCGAUGUCAUCGGGGUGACCAAGGGGCGCGGGAUGAAAGGGGUGACCAGCCGCUGGCAUGCCAAGAAGCUCCCAAGGAAAACUCACAAAGGCUUACGCAAAGUCGCCUGCAUUGGAGCCUGGCAUCCAGCCCGCGUGGGCUACUCCAUUGCCCGGGCUGGCCAGAAGGGCUACCACCAUCGCACGGAGCUCAACAAGAAGAUUUACCGUAUUGGCCGCGGGAUCCACGUUCAAGAUGGGAAAAUAGUGAAGAACAACGCCGCGACGAACUACGAUGUCACCGAGAAGACAAUCACGCCAUUGGGUGGAUUUCCUCACUACGGUGCAGUCAACAAUGAUUUCGUGAUGCUGAAGGGCUGCGUCAUGGGCACUAAGAAACGCGUGCUCACUCUCAGAAAGUCCCUUCUGGUGCACAGCAGCCGUCGGGCUCUGGAACCCAUCGAACUGAAAUUCAUCGAUACCACUUCCAAGUUUGGCCAUGGCUGCUUCCAGACUGCUCAAGAGAAGAGAGCUUUCAUGGUAAGAACUGGCUGGGAAACCCCUUCACACCGCUCUCAGGAUGGCUGGAGGUUAAUGCAUAGGGCUGUAGCUUCAGCACUAACCACUGCUGGAGAUUCUCCUUUUGCUCAUGUGCAAGGGCUGAGCUUUUGGAGCAGGAAGAUGUGAGUUCUGUCCCUGCUC